AUGUCUAUUCACGCCCACAUCCGCCGCGGUGCGGAGUACGUCGCUGACUACUCGUCGAAGAACCCCGAGCAGCGACCGGACAGCCAAGUCGAUGGAUGGCUGAUGGGCCUUCUUUUCGUGACCUCGGUUGCUCUGGUCAUUAUCUACUGGGCUGUCCAUUACACUUAUGACAUUGUCGUCUCGACUCUCGCAGCCAUCGAAGACUCCAGCCCCGAUGUAUAUAUCCGCAUUGAUGCCGACGAUGACAGCCCGAUGACCCCCGUACGCGAUGUGGAACAGGUGGCAGAGGCGGCCGCCGCCGCUCAACCGCAGCCCAUUACUAGCAAGAUGCGCACCACCGUGAGACACCUCCGGGCGCGCGCUGGGCCCUGGUCGCGCUUCCGCGGUCUCAGCAUUGGCCUCUUCUACACCAUCCUCAAGAUGGCCUUUUUCGCAAUCAUUCCCUUCGACACCGGUCUCUUCAAGCUCGAAUAUAUCCUCGUCGAUGUCCUCGGCGAGGCCCUCUUGGCCAAUCUCUCCAUGGCGUGGGUGCACAUUAUAAUCUCUGAGCCCUCUCCCAAGCGCUGGUACCAACGGAUUCCCGGCUGGAGAAGCUGGCUCAGAAUCGCCCCGGUGGCUGCGCUCAAGAGCGCGGCCACAAGUGUCGCUUUCUACGGUCCUCUGGCGCUGGGACGUCUGAUCACCUUGAUCGAUCCCUUUGAGAAGAAGCCCAACCUGUCUUCGGUCAAGGAAUGCGCCAUCAUCACCUCCCUCGUUCUCAUCCCCACCAUCGUCUCCUUCCUGGUUUCUGUCCCGGCUCGCGCGAUCUUCAUCCGUGUCGCUGCUUCUAUGCUGCCCGAAGAGGACGAGACCAUUGUGCCUUUCGACCGCAGCUUCCGUAACACUGUGGUCCCGGCUAUUCUCGGCGGAUCCGGCAAAGUCAGCAUCAAGAAUGCAUGGAAGACCUUCGAUUGGCCUGCUCGGAUCCGUUUCACCAAGAUUGUUCUCAAGGUCCUCGCUAUCGAAAUGGCGAUUGCUGUCGGCUUCGUUCUGGCUGUGGCAGGACAAAUGGCCUUGGUCGGUCAAGAAACCAUUACCAAACUCGCUGCCGUCCUUGGGAACAACCCUGCUUGA